AUGGCUGUCGCAAUGUUACUUGUCACACUGUUAUUCAUCGCGUUGUCGUCCACGGCACCCACCAAAAUCGUCGGCGACAAGACCCCCGAUCUGAGCUACCAAGCACUUGCUGUCAUCGAGCAACUGUGCAAGGACCAGUUCUGUCUCCUCGGCAAGGCAACUUUCAAUCUUGACACGUACUCUUGCGAGUGUCCUGACUGGCAAGACCACUACCUGUUCAACAGUCCAUGCGCAGACCUGGAAUGCACGGGCGAUGAAGAGCCUUUCUACUCGAUCAUUGACGAUGCUUGCAACUGCAAGUCGAUCAAGGAAUGGUACAAGCUUCAAGACGACAUCGCCGAUACCCACACUGCGCCUGAUAUGGAACGGGUUGUCGAUCUGAAACGUCGCCAGGCACCCCCCAUGCCAGAACCAGCCGUCGAUUCUGCAGUGCCUACCUACAUACCGCCACCCAAACAAGGCAUCACACCAGCACUUUUGAACGAGUCUUUGACUAUUCAGCCACAGAACACAGCAACUGUCGCAUCCAUCAUCCCAUACUUCCGAGACAACGUACUGCAAGUUCACCUGCAGCUGAAUGGACCGGUGGCCGACACUCUUGUGCUGAAUGCGAGUACUGCUUUGCCUUGCGGUAACAUCGGCCUUGAUCCUGAGCCAAACAUCGCCUUGGUUCCCCAGGUCGUCCAACAGUGUCAAGGACAACCGCAGGUGGUAGCUGACUGCUUGUGCAUCGCUGUCAACAUGUACACUCCAGAUGUCAUCACUUAUUGGAUACAGAAUGUGGAUGGGUCGGUCUAUUCCUUGACUGGAAGCAGCAAAGUGAUUGACAUGAACAAGAUGAACACCACCCAAAGCGUGGCUUUGAGUCUAGUUACUUGGCCUCUAGCCGCAAGCCAAUGCAGUUCAGAGGCCAUGUUCCAAGGAGAGAGCCAGUUUGAUCCUGACCUUGUAGGAACUGAAGGGAACUCGACUUGA